CACAGUAUCCAUUUUGCAGCUGAUAGUUUUGGUGUAAUUAAGAGACUUUGGAGUUUUUUCAAUAGGACAGCUUGACACAUUUAAGACCAAAUGGACUCAAGAUACAGCAGUAGGAAAUACAGAAUUGAAAGGGAAGUAUUGGAUGAGCAGGGACUGGAAGAGUUAGCACAGAGAAAACCAUAUGCUGACACUCAACCAUCUGUAAUUAGUCAACUUAAAGAUUCCAUGAGGUGUACAGUACCCAAACUUAAACAUGGUGUUUUGAGCACUUUCCCUGUGUUAUAUUGGCUGCCCAAAUACUCAGUCUGGGACUAUGGCAUGCCAGAUCUCAUUUCUGGCAUCAGUGUUGGAAUAAUGCACCUACCACAAGGUAUGGCGUAUGCAUUAUUGGCUUCGCUUCCUCCUGUAUUUGGCCUCUACACCUCCCUCUAUCCAGCUUUAAUUUACUUCUUUUUCGGAACGUCACGUCAUAUUUCAAUAGGUACAUUUGCUGUGCUUAGCAUCAUGGUGGGCAGUGUGACUGAGAGGCUUGCUCCAGAUAUUGAUUUCCUGAAACUGAAUGGGACCAAUGUCACAACAGAGGUGGACAUAGCUGCUAGGGACUCGUACAGGGUGCAAGUUGCUGCUGCUACCACUGUUCUAGGAGGACUUAUUCAGGUUGUGCUUGGUUUGGUCAAAUUCGGUUUUGUGGGAACAUACUUGUCUGAACCUCUGGUACGGGCAUACACAACAGCUGCUGCAGUCCAUGCUGUGGUGGCGCAACUGAAAUACAUCUUUGGGGUGUCACCAGCACGCUUUAAUGGGCCGUUGUCACUGGUGUAUACUUUAAAGGAUGUUUGCCGCUUGCUGCCACAGACGCAUCUCCCCACGCUCGUUGUCAGUGUCGUGUCCAUGGUGUUGCUGAUUGCGGCAAAGGAGCUCAACUCCUUCCUGAGCCCAAGGCUGCCAGUUCCCAUCCCAGUGGAGCUCAUCACAAUUAUGGCAUCAACUCUGACAUCAAACUAUGGUCACUUAAAUAGAAACUACACAAUUCCAGUUGUUGGAGAAAUUCCGAGUGGCUUACGUUCUCCAAUUGUACCAGAUGUGGGCAUUUUUAGUGAAAUCAUUGGAGAUGCUUUCGCACUCGCACUUGUAGCUUAUGCCAUUUCAAUUUCACUUGGAAAAACAUUUGCACUGAAGCAUGGAUACAAAGUAGACAACAACCAGGAGCUGGUAGCCCUGGGUCUGAGCAAUACUGUUGGGGGUUUCUUCCAAUGCUACGCUGUAUGUGCAUCCAUGUCUCGGAGUCUCAUUCAAGAGAGCACUGGUGGAAAAACACAAAUGGCUGGAAUAGCAUCAGCUAUAAUUGUCUUGGUGACAAUACUGAAACUUGGUCCACUUUUCCAGGAACUACCAAAGGCAGUACUGGCAUCUAUUGUCUUUGUGAACCUGAAGGGUAUGUUCAAACAAUACUCAGACAUUGUUUUUCUAUGGAGGAGUAACAAGACUGAUUUGGUGUUGUGGUUGGUCACGUGGGUGUCCACUUUGCUGUUUAAUCUGGAUCUGGGCCUUGCAGCUGCCAUUAUGUUUGCACUUCUUACUGUUAUCUUCAGGACCCAGCGGCCAACAUACUCUGUUCUGGGAAACGUUGAAGGUUCAGAGCUGUAUGUGGAUAUAGAGACCCACAAAGAGGCAAGAGAAAUUCCAGGUAUUACAAUAUUCCGCUCUUCUGCUACAGUAUAUUUUGCGAAUGCCGAACUAUACCUAGAGGCUGUGAAAGAAAAGAGUGGACUUGACAUCAAUAAAAUUAUUAUUUAUAAGAAGAGACAGGAGGCCAAAGAGAAACGUAGACAAAAAAGAGAAGAGAGACGGGAAAAAAGACAAGCCAAGAGAGAGAAUCCUGCUGACCAGACACCAGUGUUCUCUGUGGAGAAAGAGGCCAAGUGCUGGAGAGACGCAAGCGUGGCGAGAAAGGGCACUGAAAAUGAUGAGGAGAACUGGACGGACAGGGAAAACGGCACAGUCUUUGUAAAACCCACUACACCAGAUGGUCAGUGUAGAUGGGAGUACUUGAAAGGAGGAGAUCCAGACAGUACCAGUUUAGGAUGGAUGUCUGAGCAGAUGGAUGGAGACGCUCUGGGCUCCAGCAGUGACGACACCCUGAGCCGUGACCUGGAGCGCAUCUCUCUCGGGUCUCUAGGCAAAUGGACCUGGGACAUCCACUCCAUUAUUCUUGACCUCUCCACAGCUAACUUCAUUGACACAGUGGCUGUAAAGACCAUGAAAAAUAUUUUUCAAGACUUCAGUGAGAUUGACAUUGACAUUUAUUUGGCAGGUUGUCAGGCUUCUGUGGUCCAACAGCUGGAGCUUGGCCACUUCUUUUCAGAGUCGAUUACAAAGAGACAUCUGUUCGCCUCUGUCCACGAUGCCGUGCUCUACUGUCUGCACCAUCGCGGCUAUGAGUCCUCAAUAGAUAUGGACAGCAACACCAAGCUUUAAGAUCUCUAGCCAAUCAGGA